GACAAAAAAGACAAAAAAGACAAAAAAGACAAAAAAGACAAAAAAGACAAAAAAGACAAAAAAGACAAAAAAGACAACAAAGAAAAAAAAGACACAAAAAAGACACCAAAAAGACAUCAAAAAGACACCAAAAAGACACCAAAAAAGACAACAAAAAAGAUACCAAAAAGAUACCAAAAAGAUACCAAAAAGACACCAAAAAGACACCAAAAAGACACCAAAAAGACACCACAAAGACACCACAAAGACUCCAAAAAGACACCAAAAAGACAACAAAAAGACACCAAAAAGAUACCUAAAAGACACCAAACAGACAUCAAAAAGACACCAAAAAGAUACCAAAACGAGAACAAAAAGACUCCAAAAAGAUACCAAAAAGACAUAACAAAGACACCAAAAAAAACACCAAAAAGACAACAAAAAGACACCAAAAAACAAAAAAAGGACACUAAAAAGUCAAAAAAGACACCAAAAAGACACCAAAAAGAUAAAAAAGACAAGAAAAGACACCAAAAAGACAUCAAAAAGACACCAAAUAGAUACUAAAAAGACAUAAAAAGUCACACAAAAAACAUAAAAUAGUCACACAAAAAGCAUAAAAUAGUCACAAAAUAGACACAAAAAAACUAAAAAAAGACACAAAAUAGACACAAAAGACACAAAAAAGACCCAAAAACUACACAAAAAAGACAAAAAAUAGACACAAAAUAGACACAAAUACGAUACAAAAAAUAUACAAAAAAGACACAAAAAAGACACAAAAACGAUACAAAAAAGAUUCAAAAAUGACACAAAAAAGACACAGAAAAGACACAGAAAAGACACAGAAAAGACACAAAAAAGACACAAAAAAGACACAAAAAAGAUACAAAAAAGACACAAAAAAGACACAAAAAAGACACCAAAAAGACACAAAAAAGACACAAAAAUGACACAAACAGACACACAAAAAAAACUUAAAAUAGACACAAAAAAGACCCAAAAAAGACACAAAAAUGACACAAAAAAGACACAAAAAAGACACAAAGAAGACACAAAAAGACACAAUAAAGACACAAAAAAGACACAAAAGAAUUUUAUAUUAUCCAAGAAUCCACGUGGGUUGUCAAACCAUGAAAAAGAAAUAUUGCCUCUUAUUUUCAUCGUUUAAACUUGUAACAUACCUACCUCCAAUAAAUUUCGAUGAGCAUGUAUGAGAUGUCAAAAAAUCAUGUAUACACUCUUGUGGAUAGGGUAAUUUCUGGGGAAUUAAGUAUGGAUGACGCAACAACCCUGUAAACAGGAACGAUUAAAUCCACAUAUCAUGAUCGGAUGUUAACUGAAUCGCAACUCAUAGCUUUUAUUAAAUCUCGACAAAUCAGCAGAGCGUAGUGCCGAGGAGGGGUUGGUUGAUUAAAAAUGGGAAUAUUUUUGGCAGCAGUCGGUCAUCUCCUUCGUUCGUUUUCGUGACUUUUUCAAACACGUUUCGGUAAUCUGGUUUCAGUUGACCGAGUCUGGAACAGAGUUUUUUUUCUGUCUAACUUUGACAUAAUCACCCGGUUAGGGAUAUAAAAAUUAGCAACAAUCAGGCAACCGCGCGUUCCAUUUACUGAUCCCAUAAUGCACAAACGUUGUCUUUGUUGUUCGGGGGAGGAAACAAAAUAGUACUGUGGCAGCGAUUCCAGAAGCCCGCGGUAGAGUAAGUUAUUUUUCCCAAAACAGUUUCCUCCCACACCCCCUUUUCGCGUGUUGAAUCUAAGUUACUUAUAUUCCCCGGAAGUUUCUUUGUUGUUCUUCAAGUUUUUCGGCUGUGCUUUCGUUCAUUAGAAGAGACCAGUAAAUUUUCGUUAUACUAGAGAGGCUCCGUCGAGUUUUAUAGUUCCUUUUCCCUCUGCUUAGAUUUGUGUUUGACUCAUAUGGUUCGAAAAAAGUUCGGAACCGUGUAGGUCGUUGCUCACUGUUCUUUUCGACAGUAAUUCUUCCUAGAAUCCAUUAAAGGAACAAUAUGCUCAUGUUUAUAGUUUCCCUUUUGCCCUCAUAAUGGGCCUGAUUUGGUGGUGCAAACGGACUACUUGAAUGAGAAAUAUAACAACUCUACUUGUGGUGCAGCGUUUGAAAUCGCGUCCUGCAUCUCUUGCCGUCUUUCAAAAAUAAACAGCAUCUUGAACAUUUCUAAGAUUGCAGAAUAUGACAACCCUUUAAAGGUUUAUGUAAACUACAGAAUCAAUUUAACAAUUUAUCGCCAAAACAAUGCACACUGGUACAGAACAUCAAUCUAGCGGAACUAAAUUAAUAGCGCCCAGGGAUGAAAAGAUAGACUUUUGAUGUCUUCGACAACAUUGCAUAAUUUUACAAGGCGCAUUCUUCGAAAUAAAAUAUAGAGUCGAGGGGUCCACCAAUAACAAGAUAAAAAAGCUAACUUUUUUGUUAAGCAUUUUAGAGCUUUGGUUUUUUCAACAAAGUUGUUUAUCUUAAGAAAAUACAUAACUUUGUUGAACAAGCCAAAGUUCUACAAUUUCAUUCUAAGGAGUUACAAUGAAAUUAAAAAAAUAACUUUGAAAAUCAGUUUUUUAAAUCUGAAACGUUGUAGGUAAGACAACACAAUUUUUAGUCUUCGAAACAAAGUUGAAAAAAGCUAAGAUCUACAAUUGUUUAGCACAUUAUGAUGUGUUUUGAAAUGGCUGAAGCGUUGUAGAAAGCAUUUAGUGUAAUAUAUUAACGAUUUUCAAAGAAAAGUUUAUCGAAUUGCGCAAAUUUUCGCACCAUCAGCCAAUGUGGAUUUUAUUUUUGGUGUUAAGAGGAAUCAUUACCAUAUAAAACUAGCGUGGAACUCGGUGGAACUCGAAGCAAUUUUAAGAUUGAAAGUCUAGUGUUUUGUUCACAAAUAUCACUUUUUUUAGACACUUUAUUAGUUUCUUAGUUUCUUUGAUGCAAUUAACUUGCAGAAUUUGAGAAUUAGAAAUAAUUAGAUGAUUUACCCGGUUUUCCGUUUCAAAUUUAUCAAUAGAAUCUGUACAUCACUAUAUAAAUGAUAUCUGUACCAACACGUGAAAGUGAUUUAACUUCAAAAGUAAAGUAGCUUUCAGCUUUCAGUGGCAGGCCAAUUUUUGCUCUAUUUAACGAAAAAAACACUUUUGAAAUAAUAAUUUUUCGUUGGAUUACAAACUCAAUUUGAGUAAAGGAUCUUUGACCAUUUUGAUAAAUUUGAAACGGAAAAUCGGGUAAAUCAUCUAACUAUUUCUAAUUCUCAAAUUCUGCAAGUUAAUUGCAUCAAAGAAAGUAAGAAACUAAUAAAGUGUCUAAAAAAAGUUAUGUACUACAAAAUACUAGAUUUUCAAUCUUAAAAUUGCUUCGAGUUCCACCGAGUUCCACGCUAGUUUUAUAUGGUAAUGAUUCCUCUUAACACCAAAAAUAAAAUCCACAUUGGCUGAUGGUGCGAAAAUUUGCGCAAUUCGAUAAACUUUUCUUUGAAAAUCGUUAAUAUAUUACACUAAAUGCUUUCUACAACGCUUCAGCCAUUUCAAAACACAUCAUA